CAUGGAUAAAAGAUUGAUGUAACAAUAAGCUUGAAAAUGGCUUCACCGCCUCAAAAACUGAAGUUUGAGGCAAACGGAUCUCGUUUAAGUAAACUUUUAAUCAAUAAAGGAACACAAGCUUUGAAAAUAACAUUGCAAAUCAUUAUAAACCUUCAAUCAUCAAACUUGAAAGAUAAACUUAAUGAUCCUUCUACAAAGAGUAAAUUGACACCACUAAAAUUCAAAGUCAUCAGCCAGGAGCAAUGGAACCUUCUUUACCCAUUAACUGGCUCACCUGACAUUGAACACUUUGAUAUUUCAUUAUUGACUGUCUUAUUGCGUAACAUAUGUGGUCUAACAGCGCCACAUAGUGGAUGGAAUAAUCUUCCUUCCUCUUCAGAUACUUCAAUCACAGCAAACAUUGCAAGAAUAAAGUUUUAUCGAAACGAAGUGUACGGUCACAUAACUACAACUAGUUUAAAGGACGGUCAGUUUGAGUACUUGUGGCAGGAAAUUUCAAAAGCAUUGGUUGGUCUGGGUAUUCAACAAACUGAAGUAGAUGAAUUGAAAGAAGCUCGUCUCAGUCGCGAUGAAGCAAAUUAUAUUGAAAUGUUAAAAACUAUGGAAAAUAAAGUAGAAGAAAUUAAAGAAAAGAUGACUACAAUAGUUGAUGUUGUUGGAGUAAAAGACAUGUUGUAAGUCAAACUAUAUUCUGAUCUCAAGAAACUUGGCAAGUGCAAUUUCAACGGUCUUAUAAAAGAUCUUAACAUGAAAUACUUGCAAGGCACUAGACGAUGGUUAUUUGAAAAACUCGA